CACAACCGGUAAGUAAGUACACACCGAAAAAAGCCUCUUUUGCAAGGGCUUUCUUUCCAGCUUGACGUCCGCAAGCUUUUGGUUUCAGCUCUUCUCGCCGUCUCGUUGCAUCGCCGGGGUCAAAAAGGUGAAGUCUCGAUUUUUCCUUUUUGAGAGGAGAAGUGAAGUUCGUGUUGAGGAGAUGAGGUGCUUUUGGGAACUCACUCGGUUUCUUUUGGUGUCCUAUCUUAUCUGCUGUCCCGGGGAAGGGGCGAAAGGCAGAGAUGGGAACGAACAAGCCAGCCGUCCCAGGAGGAAGGGGAAGGGGAAAAUGUUGCCGAACAAAGGAGUUCUGACCACCAGGGAGGGCCAUGAGUGUUCCUGGGAGGUGCAGGGGCAGGAAGAGUCCACCCUCCAGCUGAACUGCACGGACCAAGGCAACAGUUAUGUGUGUCAGUACAACGGCACGCCACGCAGCUGCCUCGCCUACAGCAGCAGGGCGGCCCAGUACUGGAAACAGGUCCUCAGUAAAGUCAAGAGGAAAAAGCACGCCUGUCAAGGAGAUGCCACCUUAAAAGCGAGGGUCUGCAAGCAGGGGCCGCCAGAAUCGCAGCUGAAACUGAAGGGCAAGAGCCCCGAGCCUGGCAGGAGAAAGGAAAAGGCUCGUUUCAGAGGGACCGGGCGCCUGAAGGAGCAGAGGGCAGGACUGGGCCAGCCUGAGCCCACUCUGAAAACCCGGAAAAAGACCAGCAGCAAAUCCAAAGCGUCGGAUUCUGUCAGGGGCGAGGAGCCGAGCUCACUGAGCGAGAUGAAUAAUGACCAUCCCGAUUUGCAAGGAGACCUCUCUCAGGUUUAUUGCGCCCGGAAAUGGCAUUCCCUCUGCUCCUUCUUCGUCGGGCUGUGGAAUGGCUAGUUGGAGGCUUUCUCUGACACCAUAGCGAGAUAGUCUUAGGUACAUCCAUCCAGCACCGCCCUCCCCCCACCCCUUCUUCCUUCCCGCCUCUGUAACUGAGAUCUCCUUUAAUACUAAACAGAACCACUGCUGAAUUAGAACUGAUUUUUUUUUACGUACUAAAUAGACUCACACUGUCGAGUGAAACACUGUGAACGCUAUCUCUGUUAAUUUAACAUUUUAAUAACUUGUUUGUUGCUUUGUAUUUUUUUAACUCGACCCUGUAAGACACAACAUUAAAGUGAGAGAAACCACU